CUUACUGCACAGGAGUUGAGGAGCUCAGUUCCUCUGGAGCUUCAGAUUAGGAUUACCACCUGUCCCGGUUUUCCCAGGACUAUCCUUCUUUUUAUUGUUUGGUCCCGGAAAAAAAUCUCAUUUAAUGUCCCGGUUUUCUGACUAUUUAGACUUUUUCUGCACGCAUUAAAUUUGUCUUUUUCUCGCUAACGUGCACAAUUGUGCUGUGGAAUCAUGUGACUUUACUAUCCAAUUGAUACAGGCGGCUUCUACGGAUAGUGAAUCAAAUAUUAAGGAGGGAGAUUUAAAACAUUUAAAACAACUCUAUAGACAUUUACUGUGUAUAUCUUAUCUUAAGAGAUAAAAGUGAAGAUAGGAAACACACAUAAGCCUGAAACACACAUUAUAGGCAUCUCCUUACCUAGUUUUCCAUCUGAUGUGCUCUCCUUCCUUAACCCUAUUGUCAAGAGGGUGCAAAAGCAAGCACUUGCAAAUCUCACACCAGUACUCAGAUAAGCAAGUGGCAACCCUACUUCAGACACAUCUGCAAAGAUUUGCUUCAUUUCAGCUUCGACUGAAUUCAAACUGGACAGAUGACAGCCACACUGCCCUGGAUAUCAUCAAAAUGUACUUUUCAGAGGAUGCUUUGGCAGCCUGCUCAAGGAAUAGACUGGGCUAAUUACACUGGAAAGAACAACUUUGCCACAGGCCAGAUUCUCUUAUUACUCUGUAACUUCACUGACCGACUGAGAUCGUAAAUUCAUCAUCGCUAAUGCACGAGUGGAGAACUGUGCCAUCAUCUUCUGCAAUGACGGCUUCUGCAGUAUGUGCGGCUACACACGCGCAGAGGUCAUGCAGAAACCGUGCACCUGUAGCUUCCUGUACGGGCCUCACACAGGAAGAUCUGCUGUGGCUCAGAUGGCUAAAGCCCUGCUGGGAUCUGAGGAGAGGAAAGUGGAGAUCUCUCUGUAUAGGAAAGAUGGUGUGUGUUUCCCAUGUUUGGUGGAUGUGGUUCCAGUGAAAAACGAGGACGGAAUGGUCAUCAUGUUCAUCCUCAACUUUGAGCUCCCAGACCAGCAGGACAAAGUAGUAAACACUUCACCACUGAAACAGCGCAACAUCAAGCUGCCCAUUCCCUGGCUCUCUAAAGCUUGCAACAAGCACAAUUUCAGGUUUCCCCGGCCUCUGCUGAAUCUGAGCAGCAGUAAGCAGUCUCUGCAUGACGAUGCUGAGGUGGGUCACAUGCGGGAAAUGCCUCACAUGGGUCAUGAGUCAGUGGCCCUGGACAAGCUGCUGUCCCUUCCUGAACGUGCUGCACUCGAAGGGCCCCCACUGCUCCUGUGGGAGAAUGAGCCGCCGCUGGAGUCUCACUGUAAUCUGCAGCCCUCAGCUCCAGUCCAGCCACUGUCCCAGGGCUUCACUCUGUCCUCCCCCCGACUGCACUGCCCCAAGCCGGACGCAUCGCCCUCCAACUGCAGCAUGUCCCACAGCCGCUCCUGCGAAAGCCUGUGCAGCAUGCGCCGCUCGCCCUCCAACGACUUCAUCUGGGACAAGAAGCUGCCCAUCAGGCCCAACAGCACAGGUACCAUGCGUCGUAAAGCCAGCAUGCCCAACUGUACAUCAGACUCUGACCUGAUGCGGUUCCGCUCACUAAAUGUGGGAGGAGCAACAGCACACAACCUGAUAGACUUCAAGCCGGACCCGCUAAUCACUCUCCCUCAGAGUGAAAUUGAUAUUAUUGCCCCCUGCAAGCUGAUAGACCGCACCCACAACGUGACGGAGAAAGUCACUCAGGUACUGUCUCUGGGAGAUGACGUCCUUCCUGAGUACAAACUCCAGGCUCCGCGCAUCCACAAGUGGACCAUUCUGCACUACAGCCCCUUCAAGGCUGUGUGGGACUGGGUCAUUCUGCUGCUGGUAAUCUACACGGCCAUUUUCACUCCCUACUCAGCGUCCUUCCUGCUCAGUGACGAGGAGGAGGUCGCUAUGCAGCGCUGUGGUUACUCCUGCAGCCCACUCAAUGUGGUGGACCUCAUUGUGGACAUCAUGUUUGUUGUUGAUAUUGUUAUUAACUUUCGCACAACGUAUGUCAAUGCCAAUGACGAGGUGGUCAGUCAGCCCGGCCACAUUGCUGUCCACUACUUCAAGGGCUGGUUCCUCAUCGACUUGGUGGCUGCGAUUCCAUUUGACCUGCUUAUCUACCGCUCUGGAGAGGAGACAACCACUCUGAUUGGCCUGCUGAAGACUGCUCGCCUAUUGCGAUUGGUGCGUGUGGCCCGCAAGCUGGACCGGUACUCAGAGUACGGGGCAGCAGUGCUCUUCCUGCUGAUGUGCACCUUUGCACUGAUUGCUCACUGGCUGGCCUGCAUCUGGUAUGCCAUCGGGAACGUGGAGAGAAGUGGUCCAUCUCGAAUUGGCUGGCUGAAUUCUCUUGGUGAACAACUCGGCAAACCCUAUAAUGAGACUAUCCCAGGCUCAGGCCCGUCCACUAAAGACAAAUACGUCACUGCUCUUUACUUCACCUUCAGCAGCCUGACCAGCGUGGGCUUCGGAAACGUCUCCCCAAACACCAACUCAGAGAAGAUCUUCUCUAUCUGCGUUAUGCUUAUUGGAGCACUAAUGUAUGCCAGUAUCUUUGGAAAUGUAUCGGCUAUUAUUCAGAGACUUUACUCUGGAACGGCUCGCUACCACACCCAGAUGCUGCGAGUGAGAGAGUUCAUUCGCUUCCAUCAGAUCCCCAAUCCACUCAGACAGAGGCUGGAGGAGUAUUUCCAACAUGCGUGGUCCUACACCAAUGGCAUUGAUAUGAACGCUGUGAGUGUUCUUAAGGGCUUCCCUGAGUGUUUGCAGGCAGACAUCUGCCUGCACCUAAACCGAGCUCUGCUUCAGAACUGCAAAGCCUUCAAAGGCUCCACCAAAGGCUGCUUACGUGCCCUGGCCAUGAAGUUCAAGACCACCCACGCCCCACCGGGAGACACUCUGGUUCAUGCAGGCGAUGUCAUUUCAGCCCUCUACUUCAUCUCCAGGGGCUCCAUCGAAAUCCUCAGAGGAGACGUGGUAGUGGCCAUCCUGGGAAAAAAUGACAUAUUUGGGGAGCCCAUUAAUUUGUAUGCCCGUCCUGGGAAGUCCAGCGCUGACGUGAGAGCACUAACCUACUGUGACCUGCACAAGAUCCAAAGAGAGGAUGUACAGGAGGUUCUGGACAUGUACCCAGAGUUCUCAGACUACUUCUGGAGCAAUCUGGAGAUCACCUUCAACCUCAGAGAUGUCAGCAUCAUUUCUGGGUCAGUGGACAACGAGGAGUCCGAGAAGCCCUGCCUUAACCGGCACCUGCAGAGGUCAAGACUGUCCUUCAGUCAGAGAAAUGAGAAAGACAGCACAGUAAAUGCAGAAACUAAACCCAGCAGAAGCACUCCGCAGUCUCUGAGCCAGAAAAGCCGACCAAACAAAGACAAAGAACAGAGAGUUCAUGAACAUGCAGACUCUUCAUCCUCUCACCCCAGCAGUGAUGAUGAAGAGGACUCGAAAGAAACCUCCACUCUCGUGGGCUUCUUCCAGAGUCAUUCUCCCAGCUUACACAUCAGCAGUAAAAGAGAGCAGACCAGCUGUAGCACUCUCUCAGGAGCAUUUGCAGGGGUUUCCAACAUCUUCAGUUUCUGGGGAGAGAGCCAUGCGCAUCAGUACCGGGAGGUGCCCAGUCACAGCAUGUCCUGCUCUCCCCCUUCACCCCCGCCAAGUACUUUCUUACGUAAUAUCACCCCCCGCCAGUGCAGCGAGGUGGAAAACAGACUGGAACUGCUGCAGAGACAACUUAACAGACUUGAGUCACGCAUGUCCACAGAUAUUGGAGCCAUCAUGCAGUUUCUUCAGAGACAGAUGGCUCUGGUUCCACCAUCCUACAGCACUGUGACAUCUCCUCCUGAAUCAUCCCCGAACCCACUUAGAGCUGGACAGAAGCUUGUGCAACCAGUCAAUCCCUUAGAAAUGGAAACGCCACCCACUCUCUCUCCGAUACUUGAUCUUCAGAAUAUUGGUGAUAUCCCUGCUAAAUCCAGCGAGGGUACUAAGGAGAAUCCUCUGGAUUUGGCUCCUGAAGGCCUGGAGUUUGACCCACAUCUCCAAAGGGCUUGUUCAGAUGCAGAGCCUCUGGGAAUGACCAAAAAAAGUCCUGAAAGGGGCACACGUGUUAUGAGGGCUCACCCCGACACACAGACUUCGGGAAUGACUGAUUUUCUAGGGAAUUCUACCCUGGGGGUGAGCUUCCGCGAAUCUACUCAAGAGCAACAUGGUCGACUGAGGCUAGACUUGAUGCCACCUGCGUGCAGAAGACGUCUUUCUUUGCAAGGGCAACACUCAACUGAGAAAUGCUCCUCAGUUCAGCAAAGACAUGGUUCUGAUCCUGGAUGUUAAGAACAGAGUGUUUGAUCAACCAACAGCCAGUGGGCCUGGUGUUGGAGAAACUGCCUGUGUUAGCUGGUCUAACAGUUCCUGAUGUUGUCAUUGUCCGAUAAUCCUCUGCUUCCCUUAUAUCAGUGUAAACAUUUAUAUUUAUUAUAUAGGACAGAGUUAUUCUACUUAAAAGAAACAUAAACUAAAUAUGUGUAAAUAUACUGUCAUAAACUGGUAUAGCAAACCAGUUUCUAAUAUUAUUAUUAUAGGGGCUAAUCAUAAAUGCACGUUUACUUAUAUGAACCAAUUUUAGACAAAGCAAUAUGAUUACUCAGUCUCACUCAGGAAGUAAUUAAAAAGCACACUGGUCUAGAAUAUCUUUGGUGGGAAAUAUUUUUUUGUGAAUACAGCUUAUAAUUAAUGUUCAUUUACAACAGAAAUUGUAAAGAACAGAACAUUAAUUAAUUAAAUAAUUUAUAUAAUAAGAAUUAAAUGAUAAAUAACCAUUUUAAAUAAUUUUUUGGGACUGGACCAAGACCACUUCCUCCCAAGGGUCUCAAAGUUGCGUUUGUUUUGAUCCACAUUUGAGUGUGAUCACUGUAUUCACACCUGUCCAAACAAAUCACACAAAGGGUGAAAAUGAACCAGACAAGUGCUGGUGUAAAAAUAAUCUUACUAAGGCAGUGUUUAAAUUAGUUCACAGCUAAUUUUCACUGUACAAAACAUGUAGAUUAAACAUGUAGAUUCUUCAACAGUAUUCUAGACCACUAAAAUGAAGCCAUAAACGUUUUUUGUUAGUUUAAAAAAAAAAUAGCACAAAUCUAAAAGGGUAUGUAAAAAUUAUGUAGCAGAAUGUACUGUAGAAAAUGUACUAGGGUGUUCAUAGACUAAUAGACAGACCAACUACUGUAGAUUUCUCUUCAAUCUAUUAUAAAUACUCAGUGAUGGAAAGACUACUACUAAAACAUUCUAGUCAGGUAAAUAUUUUACACAAGAACUAAAUAAAUAAAUGUACUUGUCAAGUAAUUUACUUGUUUCAGGAAAAUAAAAUGUAGGCUGCAUUAAACUUUUAUUUAUUAAUAAAGUGUAUGGGUUGUAGACAAAUUAAUGGUCUUUGAAGGACAAAAAUCACUAUUACAAAGGCAGUGAGUUAAAAACAUUAAAUAGAAGAAAAAUUAUGUGCAAUUUACAUCAAAUAAGAAAAUACAGUAAAACUAAGGACAAAAGAGGAUCAGAAGAAUUGUUUUAUCUUAUUUUAUUUCCUCUCUUUAAUAUAAUUCUUUAAGCUUUUAAAUUGGUUUACGCCUUUUAACCAUAAAACUGCACAAGCUAAACUAAAGAAAAAUUACUACUGCUAAUGCUAACAUCUAAUGGCUACAACAAUUUAUACUUUUUAUAAUUCUUAUUUUUAUUUGCACAACAAUAAAAAGUGUACACCUAAAGCAUGUAUUUACACAUUUCGUAUUAGCAAAUUUAUGCUCAUCUGUAACAGUAACAAAUAUGAUUGUCAAACAUUUUGGUAAAUUUAAGGUUUAUUGAUCUGUAACAAAUCUUAGUUCAGUCUCUUGAUAUAUUUUGUAGUUCUAGGUUUUAAGACUGCCUAAAGCAAGCAAUAUGGGGAUACUUUAUCAAUUUAUCAGGACACAAUUUUUGGGAAUGCUGAUGGAGAUGAUACUUGUAAAACAUCCUAUUAUUUCUGCCAAAUAAUUAAAUAAAAAAUAUUUACUGCA